AUGAUCUGGACUGCCGCAUCAUGCUGCUUGCUGGCGUUCCCUGGCUCACAGUUAAUUGCUUUAUUGUUUUCUGCGACGUCUUUCAUUGCGUUAUGGUUUCGCAAGAGCUCACGGGAGUCCGGUGUGGUCAUUUUCUUGUUUUUGUGGGUUGUUUUCCCAAGGCAACAUCUCGACACCCGGCUGGUCCUGUGUGUUCAUCCUAGCACUCGGUGGAGUUGUUGUUUUUUCAUUGCCUUCUUCUUAUACGCUCUUCUACGCCCUAAUCAUUAG